AUGUUUCGGAAUUGCUCAACUGUGUGUCGCCAUUUCUCACAUUUAGGUCCCAAUCGCCAUGUAUCCAGCUGUGUGGACCUUGGACCAAAUGGUCAAUACAUACUACAUCAUAGCAUUUAUAAUCCUCCUCGUUCCUCAACAACAUUUCCACUGUGUGAUUCGAACUUCUCACAGCCAUCGUUUUUGACGAAUAAUUGUACGCCGGUGGAAACUUCUGAUUCCAACAAUAACUGCUACAAUAAUAUUGGAAAGGAUCCACAAUCAGCUUUAUUACCGCUAUCCAAAGGAAUGACAAUUCCACAUCCUAUGUCUGAAAAAGGAAUCAUACAUCUGAAAUAUAAACGCAAACGUAAUCCUCCUAAACAACAACAACAACAACAACAACAACAACAAGAACAGGAUGAAACAAAGAAGAAACCUUCCGUCAAGAAAGCAGCAAAAAAUCGAAAAGCAUCGAAAAAACCUGUAACUCGGAACAAAUCCACGCAGACAACGAUUUCUGCAAAUGAAAUGGAUGAACUUACAAAGCAGGAUGAGCAACAAUCGUUCCUCGAGUCAUCUCAGUGUAACACGGUAUCUUCUGUGCUACCAGAUACUAGAUAUCAAAUUGUUGUUCCGUUCCCAAAUCCAUACAGCACCGGAUGGUGGUAUCUUGUGCCAUGGAACCCACCGAUCCCUCCGACCAAUUACAUUCCUCUUGUACCUUUUCCUCCUCCAACUUUCAUGCCUCCUCCACCAUUUCCUCUUCCAUCAUUAUCUCCUAUUCCAUUUCAUGCUCCUCAAGUUUCAUCAUAUUCUCCAACAUCACCAUCGAUGUGUUCUCGUUCUUCUGAUUCUUCUCCUAGCCCAAACGCACAGCGUUACAGUAGUCCUCAACCUGAACUACAUUCAGUACUGCCUACUCCACCUAGGACCACUCGAACAAUGUUGCGCACUGAAGUAGCUCUGCGUCAGAGGAGCUGCACACCUGUAUCACAUCACAGGAAUUGGGAGGGAUGCGAAUUUUCAGAUCCACCAACUAGGCCCGGAGCUGUAGUGCAUCCGCUACUACUGCCUCCUCCAAAAAAUUUCCCUACGAUGUCGCACACUUUUCCAUUUCAACGCCAAAGGAGGUACAUACCUGAACUACACCAUAAAAAUUGGGAGAGACCGCAUUGUUCAAACAUACCAACUAGACCAGAAGUUGUAGUAAAACCGCUUUUGUCGUCUCCACCUAGAAACACCCAUAUGACGAUGCGCACUGCACCAUAUCUGGGACAGAUCAAGUACAUACCUGAAUCAGAGCAUAAGGUUUGGGAAAGGCAUGAGCGCUCAGAAGCACCAAACGCCCUUCAAUCGGGAUCAGCAACGCUUAAACCAUCUACAAAAGAUUGUUCGCAGCCGGGAUGUGGAAUCGAGUCAGCUGUACCGAUGGAACUGCUUCAUCUAGUGAACUGUGGCACCCCAUCGUGUGAGAGUCAUGGAACUCCCCAUUUGCACUCGUCUUUCGGAACAUGGACCUUCUAA